GCCUUUGCGGAGGGUGAGCUGCCCGGCGUCGCCGGAUUCGGCGCGAGGUGCCGGAGGAUGUGACCCGCUCGGCCAGGGCGGCCCCGGACGAUGCUCACCCUCCUGGGCGCGACGACCGUGGUGCUGGUGGCGGGGGCGCCGUGGAUGCUGCCCGCAGCCGCAGGAGGAACAACUCUAAAAUCUCCUCAAAAUGUAGAGGUCUACAUCGUUGAUGAUACCUUUAUCCUAAGGUGGAACAGGAGCAACCCGUCUAUCAGGAAUGUGACCUUUUCAGCAUAUUAUCAAACACUUGGAAAUGAUACUUGGUUAAAAUUGCCUGGGUGUCAGUCUGUUGCCAACACCACGUGCGACUUUUCUUCACUCAAGCUCAAUGUUUACGACAAAGUUAAAUUGCGUAUAAGAGCAGAGGAAGGAAACAACACUUCUCCGUGGCAUAAUAUUGACUCAUUCACCCUAUUUGAAAAAGCUCAGAUUGGUCCCCCAAAAGUACAUUUAGAAGCCGAAGAUAAGACAAUCAUAAUAAACAUCUCCCUGCCUGGAGCGAGAGACAGCGUCAUGUGGGCUCUGGAUAGCUCCAGCUUUACCUACAGCUUAGAUAUCUGGAAAAACUCUUCAAGUGGAGAAAGAAGGACUGAAACUGUUUACUCCAGAGAUAAAAUUUAUAAUCUCUCACCAGAGACCACUUACUGUUUAAAAGUUAAAGCAAGACUUUUGCCGAGAAAAAACGGUAUCUAUAGUCCUGUGUACUGUAUAAAGACCCCAGUUGCAAAUAAACUGCCUCCACCAGAAAACAUCCGGCUUGAUUCUAAAAACAACAUCUUUGUUCUUAGAUGGGAUUACCCCUAUGGAAGUGUGAAAUGGGGUCACGCACGUCCAAAUGUUACUUUCCAAGCUCAGUGGCUCUAUGCCUAUUUAAAAAAGAUUCCUGGGGACAGUUCAGGUAAAUGGAAACAAAUACCAGGCUGUAAAAAUGUCCACACAACCCAAUGUGUCUUUCUUCAAAAUACUUUCCGAAAGGGAAUUUACCUUAUCCGUGUUCAGGCAUCUGAUGGAAAUACCACAUCCGUUUGGUCUAAAGAAGAAAAAUUUGAUGCUCAGUUACAAAUUACCCUGUUGCCCCCGGUCAUUACCAUGAAAUCCACCAAUGAUGUUUCCCUGCGGGUCUAUAUCAGUGCUCCAGAAGAGUCUGAAAACAAGCCUGUGAACCAGAAUUUCCCACUAAUUUAUGAAAUUGUAUUUUGGGAAAACACUUCAAAUGCUGAGAGAAAAAUUCGGGAGAAAAAAACUGAUUUUACUUUUUCUAAAUUGAAACCGCUGACUGAAUAUUGUGUCAAAGCCAGAGCACUCAUCGAGGAUGAUAAGUGGAAUAAAAGCAGUGGUUUUAGUGAUACUGUGUGCGAGAAAACAAAACCAGGAAAUACUUCUAGAACCUGGCUCAUAGCUGGAAUUUGUGCUGCAAUAUUUUCCAUCCCUGUUGUCAUUUAUGUUGUGAAACUUCUCUUGAGAUGUAUCAGUUAUGUGUUCUUUCCAUCAAGUAAACCUCCAUCCACUAUAGAUGAGUAUUUUUCUGAGCCACCGCUCUGGAAUCUCCUCCUUUUGACAUCCGAGGAACAAACGGAAAGGUGUUUUAUCAUUGAAAAUACGAACACUAUCUCUGCAGUAGAAGAAACUAAUCAAACUGAUGAAGAUCACAAAAAAUACAGUUCCCAAACGAGUCAGGAUUCGGGAAACUAUUCGAAUGAAGAUGAAAGCGGUGGAAGCAAAUUCAGCGAAGAGCUCCUGCAACAGGAAAGCGAGUGACCAGAAGGGAGCCCUGAAAGACGAGGGAGUUCUGUGGAAGCCACACCAGAAGCCUGAGCUCUUGCUUUGCCCAGUAACUAUGCAGAGGAUGCUGGCUUAUUCGGGAAGGGAAACAUCUUCAGGUCACAGGUCCUAAAUCCAGGCAAGCACUGAUUUGUUGGACAGAAGUUUUCUGUAUUCUUUUCCCUGUGCAGAGGCUUGAAAGACACUGGACUCAUCUGAUGAAAUGAGUGAAAUCCCAGAAAAUGUUCUCGGUCUGUCUCAUGACAUCUCAAGUACCACUGUGGCAAAGCACACAGAGGAAUUGUGUCCCUGUCCAGUGAUGCCGUCACUUUGUGCCUGGAUCUGCCCGUGUCACUGAUUCGUCUUCCAUUUUCAGUUUUAUAGUUCAGGAUUUUUCAGGAGGUAUUUAGACACUUUUGACACUGAAGUAUAUGUAACCCUUAGGAAAUUUCUUUAGAAAAGCUGAAUACCGUUACCACUGGUUUUCUGAAAAAUAGCUUAAUCUAGAAAACAUCCACAGGUGCCAGAAAUUGUGAUCCUUACAAUUUUCAGGGGAACCCUGUCCCAAAACCUGGGCUCCUCCAUCACAAUCACCUAUCCCUUUGGUGCUUUAGGAUUCAAACCAGGUGAUCUUUUCAUACGCAUUAAUACUUCCUGACUCAUAACUUAAUUCCCAACCGGGUAGAACAGGUUUCGGAUUUGAAUUUCAAUCACUGAAGUUACAGAGAAAGGGAAAAUGGCCUAAUUAGAGAAGUGAUUAUAAUAUUUUAAGAUAAGGAAGUAUGUAGAGGGUAGUUGCAGUAUAUACAGGAAGUCUUGGGACCAGAAAAUACUACCAAUAGAACAGGAUGUUAAGAAGAAUAAAAUCAAGAGGAGGAAAGCAGAGGACUUCAGUGAAAAAUAAGAGGAAUGUGUCUAAUCAGCUUUUAAUGAUUAACAUGCUGUGAGGUUGCUCAUCUGUAUCUCUUUUUUUUUCUUUCUUUCUCAGUUUUAUUGAGGUAUAACUGGCAUGUAACUUACCUGUGUCAUGUUUCGUACCUGGCCAGCUUCUCUCUAUCAUGUGGCAGUAUUCAGGUACCCCUCCUGCCCAGCUCAUACACACUCAAGAAAGCGAAAAUUUAUUAUCAAGGUGAGGAAGAAAAUGUAACUGGAAGGGAAACCCAAUUUUAAGAAUUACAUAAUGUUUUUCGAAGGCCACCUGUAAUGUAUUUUUAAAUUAUUCAUGGAGAUUCCCCCCUUCAUAGGAAGUCUAGGAAUUUUCAUCACAGCAGGCUAGGAUGGAUGUAACCUAUGGCCAGUAUUGUGUUGUAGUCCCUGCUGAGGUCCCAGGUUGACCUGUGGGGAAGAAAAGGUGGCAAGCAGCUCCCCCGGGAGCACCUCCUCGGCACACCCACAGCUCCAGAGAGCACACCACGUGCUUUCCUGGACCUGCAGCCCCGGCGUCCAGCAGAACGUAGUGGAAAUCAGGGAGCCCUGAGGGUCCCACAACACAGGUCUCUGCUGGAGAAUCCCGAAGGUGACCCCAUACAUCCACCUCUUGAUCACUCUGCCCAGAGUCGUCUAGUUUCAAGCAGACCUUCUGGGUUGGCUCUCAACUUGUAAGGCCCCUGUCUGUGGAAAUUUGCUUCUUUAAAGAAGAGAUUAGGAGCAUGUUAUGACCUCCCCGCCACCACCACCAACUCUCAGACGGUGCUGACGCAGUGGUCCCAUCCAGCACGCAGGCCCAGGCAAGAAGCCGCUUCACACUCGAUGUCCUUUGUGGGGUGUGGAGGAGGGGAAUCUUAGAUACUAGAAUCAGAAGACACCAGUGAGGGGCGCCUGGGUGGCUUGGUUGAGUGCCUGCCUUCUGCUCAGGUCAUGAUCCCAGGGUCCCUGGGUUCAAGCCCCACAUCAGGCUCCCUGCCUGCCACUCCCCUUGCUCAUGCUCUUUCUGUCUGUCAAAUAAAUAAAUAAAAUCUUUAAAAAAAAAAAAAAAGAAGAAGAAGAAGACACCAGUGAAAUCGUUAGGUUCCCAAGAUGUGGGAGUGGAUGUCUUCAGGUUUGAAGAUCCUGGUUUUUUCAGGGAACAAGCAUCUCAGCAGCAGUGAACAAAACCCCUUCAUUCUUGCCUUGUCUUCUAGACAUGAAAUUGUACUUUCUUUCCAUUCUUCAUUAUGGUCUACAUGUAGCAUAAUCAGAAGGUGCUUGCUUAUAAGGCAUUAAGUGUUCUUUCUGAAGAAUAGUUUACUUGGAAAUAAUCCUGUACUUAGGAGCACCAAGAAACCACCUCAGAAGUACAAUACGGAUAGUUCUUGGAGCGGCUGAAUAGAGUCAAAAAUCUAUGUCAAAGAUGUGUAUCAUUACAACCAUAUAAUCUAUUAUAGAUUAAAGAUACACGUAAAUAGUGACAUGGGCGUGUAAACACAUCCACGCAAGUUUAUACCCAUCCUUGCCCUCACAUAUGACAUGGGUCAUAUUCCAUUAGGAUUUCAUGAAGUACUUACUAGUAUAGAUUCUAAUUCAAAAAUUAGGAAUGUUACUCAGAGCUAUGAACUGUAGAAUCUGACCAGAGAUUUAUAACCUAUAAGCUCGUUUUUUAAAUAUAAUUUAGAGUUUGCAUCUCUUCCCCAACCUGCAGCCUUUAAAAGGCAGCCCCUAACUGCUCUUAAGAAUCCUGAGUGUACAGAAACGUUCCUUCCUCCCCCUUCCUUCCUAUGACUACCUGACAUGUUGUAUGUUUGUUUUUUGUCUGGUAUCUGUCUGCCCCCCAUGAGACCAGAAGCUCUAUGAGAGCAAGGACUUUCCUUUAUUCAUUGCUGUAUCCCCAGCAUCUACAGAAUUGCACUGCAUUGCUCAUGGAGGUUGCAUAGAAAAUCCUUAUCGAAUGUGUGAAAUCUACAAUUUGAAACCAAAUGGUUGUUUCUGACGGUGUCUGUGUGUUAGUUGAGUUGCGGAAGGAUGUAAACCAUGUGUUCAGUGUUUCUAUGCAGUAAAGUUGUAUUUGUGUUUUUGUCUUCAACCCUAUUGCUGUGAACAAUUUUAUAUAAUAAACACUGAGACCAGAAGUC